GACUGACUUCCACUGAGACAGGACGGCAGAAGAGGAUUACUGGGAAGACUGGUUCUACUCAGAUACUAGGAGUACUUCCACUUUAACCAGAUGGAAUGGCGUCCAAGUUUGAGGAGGAUCUGAGCUGUCUGCUCUGUCAGGACAUCUUUAAAGACCCUGUCAUCCUGUCCUGCAGCCACAGCUUCUGUAGAGCGUGUGUGGAGAACUUCUGGAAGGAGAAGGAGGACAAGGAGUGUCCUCUGUGUAAGAAGAGAAUGCCAAAGACGUUUAUGCCGACCUUUGCUUUAAAGAGUCUGUCUGAGACUUUUCUUCUCUCUCUCUCUCUUCUGGAGAGAGAUCAGAGAUCUUCAGAGGAUCUCUGCGGUCUCCAUCAUGAGAAGCUCACACUCUUCUGUCUGGACCAUCAGGAGCCGGUGUGUUACAUCUGCAGAGAUUCAGAAAAUCACACAGAGCACCGAUUCAGAGCCAUGGAUGAAGCUGCAGAAGAACACAAGAAGAAUCUUGAGGAAACUCUGCAGCCCUUAAAGGAGAACUUAGAGGCUCUCAAAGAAGUCAGAGUAAAGUUUGAUCAAACAGAAGCUCACAUGGAGGUCCAGGCCAAAGACACGGAGAGACAGAUCAAGGAGCAUUUCAAGCAGCUUCAUCAGUUUCUUGCAGAGGAAGAGGAGGCAAGGCUGCAUGCACUAAGGGAGGAAGAGGAGCAGAAGAGGCAGAGGGUGAGGGAGCAGACAGAGGCUCUGAGUGCACAGAUAGCAGCUGUUUCAGACACAGUCAGAGCCACAGAGGACGAGCUCACAGCCCAGGACUUCCCGUUCCUGAAAAACUACAAGGCUGCAGAGGAAAGAGUCCAGCAGUGCACCCUGCUGGAGGAGCCACAGCUGCCCUCAGGAGCUCUGAUAGAUCAGGCCAAACACCUGGGCAACCUGGGCUUCAACAUCUGGAUCAAGAUGAAGGACAUGGUCUCCUUCACGCCCGUCAUUCUAGACCCAAACACGGCUCAUCCAGACCUCAUCCUGUCUGAAGAUCUGACUGGAAUGAGACAAGAAGAGAGGCAGCAGCUUCCUGAUAAUCCAGAGAGGUUUAAUGAUCUCUGCGCUGUUCUGGGCUCUGAGGGAUUUAGCUCAGGGACUCACAGCUGGGACGUCCAGGUUGGAGACAGUCCAUGCUGGUCAUUGGGAGUGUUAGCAGAGUCUGUCCAGAGAAAGGGAGAGAUAAAGUCUGGAUUAUGGACGGUGUAUUUCAAUUCUGGCAAAUACAGAGCAUUCUCACCGUCACCUCCAUCCUCUGAUCUGUCAGUGGAUACGAGACCAGAGAGGAUCAGAGUGAAUCUGGACUUUAACAGAGGAGAGCUGUCAUUCUGUGAUCUUGAUUUUAACACUCUAAUUCACACCUUCACUCACACAUUCACUGACAGGAUGUUUCCAUACUUUAUUACUGAGUAUGACCGUGCACUGAAGGUUUUACCAAAGAAGAUCUCUGUUACCCUGCGACAAAACUAAAACCACAUUCAGAAGACUUUUGGGAGAAUAUUCUGUGGACCGACCAGGCAAAAGCUGAGAGGUUCAUCAUACAUUUGACUAAAAAGCUCCUGAUGAUCCUCAAGACUUCUGGGAAAAUAUUCUGAAGACUGAGCAGACAGCAGGUGAACUUUAGAGUAUAUUCUGUGAUCCACUUUCUGGAAAGAUUUCCAGUUAGUACAGCAGCUGGCAAAAGUUUUCAUACCCCUAGAACUUUUCCACAUUUCUUCAUGUUACAGCUACAAACAUAAAUAUAUUUUAUUGGGAUUUUGCGUGAUAGACGUGCACAAAGUGGCAAAUAAUUGUGAAGUGGAAUGACAAUUAUAAAUGGAUUUCAAAAUGUUUUACAAAUGAAAAUCUGUGUGGUGUGGUGUGCAAAAGUAUUCAGCCCCUGAAGUCUGAUACCCAUGAAAACAAUCCAGUGCAACCAAUCACCUUCAGAAGUCACCUAAUUAGUAAAUAAUGUGUGUAAUCUAAUCUCAGUCUAAAUACAGCUGUUCUGUGAAGGCCUCAGAUGGAUGUUAGAGAACAUCAGUGAACAAACAGCACCAUGAAGACCAAGGUCAGAGAAAAAGCUGUGGAGAAGUUUUGUGGGGGACACACCAAACAUGUGAAAGAAGGUGCCCUGAACACACCAUCCCCACCGUGAAACAUGGGGGUGGCAGCAUCAGGGGGUAGCACAGGGGGGAAAAGGGUACUGAUUACCCGGGCCCACAGUAGAGAGGGGCCCUUAAGGAGCCUGCAAUGGUGUUUUUAUUUAUUUUUCCUUAGCAUUUAGUGUCAUUAUUGAAUCAAAAGUGACUAAAUGAAUCAGUCAACAGACUGAAAUUAGUAUCCAACAGAGUAAAAUACAAUACUGGGGGCCCCUGCUCCUCCCUUAAAAAUGUCCAAAUGAUGUUGUCAAUUGCUGCUGAAUAAUACAAGCCUAAAAAAUUGCUCAUAAAUGGGGAAAUUAUGGUUCAAAAAUACAUUAAAAUGCAGAGAUAUUUGUAAAAAUGAGGCAACAUUUGCUGCUCGGCUAGCUGGUAAAAGGAGGCCCUAAAUCCCUAGCUACGCCCCUGGGCAGCAUCAUGCUGUGGGGAUGCUUUUCUUCAGUCAGGACAGGGAAGCUGGUCAGAGUCAAAUACAGGGCAACCUUUUUUUUAAAGAUUUAUUUUUGGCUUUUUUGCCUUUAUUAGAUAGGACAGUGGAUAGAGUCGGAAACAGGGAAGAGAGUGGGGAGAGACAUGCAGGAAAUAGUGCCACGUACAUGGCGUGCGCCUUAAUCACUCGACUACUGGCGCGCCAAAUACAGGGCAAUCUUGAAGGAAAACCUGUUAGAACCAGCAAAAGACUUGAGACUGGGGCGGGGGUUGACCUUCCAGCAGGACGACCCUAAACUUACAGCCAAAGCUACAAUGGAAUGGUUUAGAUUGAAGCAUAUUCAUGUGUUAGAACAGCCCAGUCACAGUCCAGACCUAAAUCCCAGUGAGAAUCUGUGGCCAAACUUGAAAACUGCUGUUCACAGAUGCUCUCCAUCAAAUCUGACUGAGCUUGAGCUAUUUAGCAAAGAGGAAUGGGCAAACAAAUGUGAAAGCCAUGUAUAAUUUUCCUUUCACUUCAAAAUUAUGCGCCACUUCAUGUUGAUCUCUCAUAUGAAAUCCCAAUAAAAUAUAUUCAUGUUUGUGGUUGUAACAAGAAGAAAUGUGGGAAAGUUCAAAGGGUAUUGAUGCCUUUGCAAGCCACUGUAUCAAUGAUUCCAGUGACCUUUGUAAAUAAACUAUUUUUAAUUUCUGUCUUUUAGUAUAUGUAAUCAAAAUUGUUAUGAAAUGUGAAAAACGACCCAUGCACUUCUCUUUCUGGAGAGCUGUAUGCACACAGUGGAGACUAAUGGACCCAUCACCCCACUCACUGACCCAGGGUGGGGAAAAUGUAUUAAUUCUGUUUUUCUUUAAAAUGACUUGGCAUCAGGGAGUGUUUUAGCUGAAGAGGCAGUGGUAAAAUUCAGGCUGUAUGGGGAUGUGCAGGCCCUGCAGCUAUACCAGCUAACACUAGCUAUCACUACAGCUAUUUCAGAAACAUUACCAGGAUAAAAAGAAUCCAGAAAAGAAAAGAAAAGGAAGCUUUUUAUACAGAGAGAGACUGCCAAACAAGGUUAGUAUCAGACAUUCCAGUAACUGAGUGUAUGCCAACCUUUAAUUCAACUUAAACCUUGAGCUUUUAAUCUGAAGAAGACAAAGGAAAAUAUAUUAGACUACCUUUUGCUUUUUUGUAGCUUAAUGUUAAAGCACAUGCUUUCUAUUCAGUUCUCAGGUGAACAUAUAUUAGACAGCUCAACUGAAACAGCUGUUUUUUGGAACAAGAUGAUUAUGAUCAAAUAAUAAAUCAUUUCAAUUUUACACACUUGUGUAUUUUUAAAAGGACUACAUACAACCAAGUUCAUCUAGUGCAUCUAGUUAGUGACCACUGAUGAGAUGAGAAGCACAGCAUCAUUACACACCUCACUCACUCACUGAGUAUUCCACUGAUAAUGAAGUGGAGAUCAGGAUUUAAAACAAAGCAUUCAGUGUAGGUACAAGUGGCUUUAAUUAAGCAAUUUUAAAGCUCUCAUCUUCAUAUUAUAAUAUAACAAUGUGCUUAUCUGUAAAUCCUUACAUUUUUCACAAAACAACCACUGUGCUCUUCAGCUUUGAUACUAUUUCUAUUUAAUUUUAUGCUAUGCUCAGCUAUUUAUCCACUAUUUUUAGCUGUUUUCAAGCUAAUGUAGGCUAUUUUAAGCUAUUUUUUUACCUUUUCAGCUAUUGUUAUGCUAUUUUUUUAGCUAGUUUAUGCUUUUUCAGCUAUUUAAUGCUAUUUUCAGGGAUUUUCAUGCUAUUUUUACACUAUUUAGCUAUUUCAUGCUAUAUUCAGGGUGUUUGAGGGCGAGCCUUGGGAAAAGGAUUGCUGGUUGAGGUGGCGGACUAUGAUGGACUAUGGACUAUGAUUCCAGUUAGAGAAUCAAGGCACUUGUAGAGAGAGAUCUCAUUUGUCUUCCUUUAAUGAAGAUUGUUGGGCUUUACAUCAUUGUACAACAUAUGUGUGGUCUGAGAAUGAAGAAAGGCAAUAAAAUGUAUUACAGAAAAGAAUGCUCAGCAUAUUAUUCAGCAGUUAAACAAUAAACAUUCCUAAAUAUGCUGCCAUAUGUGCAUAUGAUUUUAAGAUUCACCAGUAAUAUUCCUAACGUAUGUGCAAAUUGCUACUUAAGCAUAAAACGACAACAGAAAUAUAAUACCAGUGGUGGAACAAACUGUACAAGUUCCAACAUAACAUUAGCAGAGGCAAAGCAUGCUUAACAGCAUGGAGUGCUGUUAUAUCAAAAUGUAAACCACAGUGAAUAAUUCAACAUUUAAGGCACGGUCACAAUCACAACAAUAAACUGAGCUGCAA